GUUCGAUGGUUUCUUCCAUUCUUGCUACAGAAAAAUAAGUUCUUGCCGGCCCAACUCAACACCCGCUGCUCGAUCCCGAUCAGCCACGCUUCCUCUUCCGCCGCCGCCGCCGAAGAGGGGGACUCGAUAGACCAUGACGACACCCGGAUCCUGCCCCUCGUCCACAUCCGCCGCCCACUCUCCCGUCUGCCUCGCCCCCUCCGCCGCCGCAGGGGAAUCCCAAGAGAUGGUGCGGCCGCGCAUGGUGCUGUUCGGCGACUCCAUCACGGAGCAGUCCUUCCGCCCCGGCGGCUGGGGCGCCGCCCUCGCCGACACCUACUCCCGCAAGGCUGAUGUAGUUGUUAGAGGCUACGGAGGGUACAACACAAGAUGGGCUCUAUUCUUGCUACAUCAAAUCUUUCCCCUGGUUGGAAUAGUGCCUCCUCUUGCGACAACUGUAUUCUUCGGUGCAAAUGAUGCAGCCCUUUUGGGACGAACAGGCGAGCGACAGCAUGUUCCCGUUGCAGAGUAUAAAGAAAAUCUCAAAAAGAUUGUUAAUCAUUUGAAGGAUUGUUCCAAGUCCAUGUUAAUUGUACUAAUCACUCCGCCUCCUAUUGAUGAAGAUGGAAGGGAAAGAUUUGCACGAUCACUCUAUGGAGAAGAAGCUAGGAAGCUCCCUGAAAGGACAAACGAAAUGGCUGGUGUGUAUGCAAGUCAGUGCAUAGAGCUAGCCAGAGAAAUGAAUAUACACUGCAUUGAUAUUUGGUCAAAGAUGCAAGAGACCGCAGGAUGGCAGAAACUUUACUUGAGCGAUGGACUGCACCUGACGCCAGAAGGAAAUGCUGUUGUCCACAAGGAAGUUGUCCAAACGUUGAGAAGUGUGGGUCUGAAAGCAGAAGAAAUGCCAUAUGAUUUCCCUCACCAUUCCAGAAUUGAUGGUAGUUGCCCAGAAAAAGCCUUCCAGUGAAGUGUGAUGCCUUGAAUAGCUUGUGGUGCGGUUCAUCUGGAGAUCUCUUUUCCUCUUUGAAUUAGGAGAAAGAUCAAAUUAAAGACAAUGUUUUACUGCUUCUAUCAUGAGCUUUUGGAGUGAGGAAUUUAGCACCCAUUUUUACUCUGGAAGAAAUAAAGUUCUCUUCUUGAAACUGAGAAAUUGAUAGUGGUAGGAGAUAGUAGUCCGUGGCCUGUAACCGUUCAGAUUUCUACAUGGGCACACGACCAUACUGGGAAUCAGAAAAUUAGACCCCGUGGAUUAUCUGGAUUCUGGAUGGUUUCCAA